AUGACACCCCGAUAUACCAACCCAUACCAUCUCCUGCGCGAGAUCCACAGGGCCACUGGAGAGAUGUCAUCUAUCCAAGAUACGCAUGCCCAUCGUUUUAGCGAUAUUGGGGAGAGCGAGGCCGGCCAGAAGGGUGAUAUUCUUUAUACCAUGGGGCUAGCGACCCGCCUGGGAAUGAUUGUCUUGGGCUAUUCCGCUAUUGAUGGCGGAGACGACAAGCUUCUCGCCCUUGUCAGUGAGGGGACCCGGGACGAUCCGCAUUGGAGUCCUUGGGGCGCAGACGGUAACAAUGAAUCCGAGUGGGAGGAUAAGAUGGAGUUUGUGGGUAGUGUCUCCCAUGCUCUCGAGCAAGCGUUGCUCAAAUCCGUCUCAACACCAGGCACCAUGAAUGGAAACUAA